UAAAAAACCAGCAAGGUGGACAGUAGCGAUAGCGGACUGCUUCCGUGUGUAUAGCUAGGGGUGGUGUGAGGGGACGGACCUGUGGGCGUCUGUGGAGUUUACCUGGUGCCUUCCCUGCAGAGUUCCUUAGGCCAGGUACACGGAGCGGCAGUGGGGGGAUUCCCAGUUUUGCAGAACUUGGUCAUGUCCGUCGGGAGUGACUUUGGAACGAAAUGCAAGCGACAGCCUUCGAUUGAAAUUGCUGAAGAGAGCUUGUUUACCCGCCAGACGACUGUACAGGAGGCAGAUGACCUUAACGAUGUUGAAUAUGAACGUCUUCUGACCUCCCCAUUCAACCUAAGCGCGUUUCGGCAGCACCAUGAAGUUUUGCCAAUCUCUGACAAAAAUGAAUUCAUAUCCGAUGAGGCCUUUGAACGCUUUUCUAUUUCGCGUGCGCCAGAGAGAUUUGAGAUUAUGGCUCGCCUAGCAAAGGAUGACCGUCGAUCAGAGACAGGCGAGUCACGAAUAUUGGGAACUUGGACAGAACCUGUAUCUACGGACACAAUUUCUCACUCUGCGCGUGCAGCUGAUACGACGUGUAACUUGAGAGUAGAAAGCUCAUCCUGUCUGGAAGCACCGUCAUCUUUAAGACAGCCUGAGGAGGCUUCAUCCAAAUCAGCUGUCCGUCAGAGUGAUGUUGACCAAGCGGUCAAUCUCACAUUGGAUCGUGCGGAUGAUGAAAGACUGUACCACAAAAAUAAUUCAAGUGAUAGGCCCAGAGCCGAUACCGAACGGCCAGCAGAGAUCCCGGUCGCUACCCCUAUAUCCAGCCUGUGUUUAGAGGAGCAUGCGCACUUCCUCCGCCUGCAGCAUAUGCAAAAGACAAAUCCGGACUCCAUGAGCCAGGGAGACAGGGAAGCCUAUGCGAGUUUAUCGGCACGCGUCAAGGAAGAGCAAGAGCUAUAUUAUUUGGUUGACAAGAACUUGACCAUCGGCAUCAAAGAAAGGCUAGGGUACAUAAACCACAAGAUAGAGCGCGGGAUCCAGGAACUACAAAGACGUAGGCACGCAGCAGCUUUGAAGUAUCCUCGGUAUUACCUUGACCACCGUACACUAUCGAUCGCACCGAGUACGUCCCCGCACAAAAGUGUGGCAUUCCGGUUUUUGAAAAUAGUGCAUCAGAAAGGCAAAUGCCAUGCGCUUGCGCUUCCUUCAAUGAAAGCCCCAGUCACAAUGUCAAACUCGCAGGCUUGUGUUGAUCCACAGAAUUCCAGCCAAGCUUGCAAAUGGUGUCAUCGGUGCAAGCCUCCCGUGAGCACGGACCCCGUCGCUCAAAGGUUAGCGGCGGAACAUGACAUCGAUAUGGUCAUUUCAUCGAGUACUUUGUCAGCACUUGCAUCUAUGGGCGCGUCUCAAGUGCGAGAAGUUGAACUUCCUGUUGUCGUCAAGGAGGUGAUGAGCAAUCUGAAUGACGCUGAAAAAGGACGCUCGGUUGUAUAUUUCGACAAACCCUGUGCGUGCAAUGACAUAGGGCGACGUGAACAAAAUGAUAAAUUCUUUAAGAACCAGAUGAAGGCGCAGUUUUUGAACAUUCAAGGGGCCGACGCGACAGUUUUCUCGGAUGUCUUGAUGACCGAUCAGUCACAAAAAAAUGGGCAAAACGAGGAGGGCGAAGUGGACGCCUCAAACGAGAUUGAUGUUACCGGUACUGACCAAAACGACAACUUACAGUAUGCUGUGUGGGAACUUGGUGCGCUACGGCUCCUUGUCAGGUAUACAAUUCAUGGUUGGAUCCCUGAAAAACGGUCUGGACAGAAGCGAUAUGCGUAUGUGCAAUCAAAGAUGGAAUAUCAGCUAGAACGAGGGUUGGAGCAGCUUACGAACGAGGAAUCGAUUCGAUUAUGGAUCAAGUUGCUAAUCCGCCCCGAAAGUCAGUUGGUACUGGUGCGAUUUAACCCUAUGAACUCACAAUUGGUGCACAUAGAGCGGGGAUCACUGGAAGAUAUGGCUGUCGAGACCAGCUGGCCUUUGGCCUUCAGCCAAUAUUUGCAUGAUAUUUUGACUUCGACAAAGAGCUUGAGCCUCGGGACAUACCUGAUCUGGCACGGCAAAGGAGCAGAUCACCUCACUAUCAAGAAAAGCGUCUCAUUUGACCGCGCGUCGGACAUACCGUACGAAGCACGACUAAAACUUUACGACUUGCACGGCAAACAUCAAGAUAUCACUCUUCGAGCGGACGAAGCAUCAUACAUACCGCUGGAAUGGAAAGGGAGUCUGGAUUUACCAUUGCAAAUCCCCUAUACCUUCACGCCAAUACCCAAAGCGAGCAUACCUUCCCGAAAACCUGUACUACCAAUAAAAUGGUGUCGAGCUUAUAGGUUCAAUAAACAAUGUCAGGAUACGAGUUGCCAGUUUGCUCAUCUGUCAGACAGCGAGGUGCGGCGACUCCAAUGUACCCCGACCUCCCCAUUUGUCAGUCGGUGGAUGGACCAAAUGUUGGGAAAGCAAGCAGUCGCAAUACCGCAGAAUAGACAAGGUCGAUAAAUUGUACAUAAACAAAGCACGCUGUUGUAUGAUUUGAUUUUGGUUAUGGCACAUGAAGGACCCUGCAUUCCAGCAAGAAACGUUUAAAAUUUCAUGGGAAAUGUAAUCCAAAC